AAAUUUUAUUUCAGUAAUAAUGUAAGUGAUGGUUUCUUCUUCAGUUGUGUUGAUGGGAAAGAACACCAUGAUGAGGAAGGCCAUCAGAGGACACAUUGAGAAGAAUCCACUUCUGGAAAAGCUCCUGCCCCACAUUAGGAACAAUGUAGGGUUUGUGUUUCUGAAGGGUGACUUGGUUGAGACCAGAGAUGUCCUGUUAUCGAACAAGGUGAAAGCCCCGGCUAAGGCAGGUGCUCUGGCCCCCCUGGACGUCAAGGUGCCGGCUCAGGCCACCACCCUGGGACCUGAGAAGACCUCCUUCUUCCAGGCUCUGCAGAUCCCCACCAAGAUUACCAGAGGAUGCAUUGAAAUCUUGAAUGAAGUGCAUCUGAUCAAGGCUGGUGACAGGGUAGGGUCAUCAGAGUCCACACUCCUGAACAUGUUGAACAUCUCUCCAUUUUCUUACGGACUUGUCCUUGAGAAAGUGUACGACUCUGGUACUAUCUUUGAGCCUGAGAUUCUGGACAUCACUGAUGAGGAUCUGAAAGACAAGUUCAUGAUCGGAGUGAGAAAUAUUGCUGCCAUCUCCCUUGUCAUUGGGUACCCCACAGCUGCCUCUGCCCCACACUCUAUUGCCAAUGGAUUCAAGAGGCUCCUGGCUAUUGCUGUGGAAACCGACUACACUUUCCCCGAGGCUGAAAAGACUAAGGAGUACCUGAAGGAUCCCAGUAAGUUCGCGGCGGCCGCCCCUGUAGCUGCCGCGGCUGCUGCUCCUGCUGCCGCCAAGGAGGAGAAGAAACCUGAGCCAGAGUCGGAGUCCGACGAUGACAUGGGAUUUGGGCUGUUUGACUAAUGGCUUGAUAACAAAAACUGUCACUCAGAAUUUAUUCCUUGCCGGUUGUUUAAACCAAAUGGCAUUGGGAUACUUAAUAAAUUAAGACAGAAGGAAAA